AUCCGUCAAAAUACGACAGCACAGGAGGCCGAUCAACACACCAACGCAACACACACUAUACGUAGGCAUACGCACACACAUUUGCGCAAUUACAUGGCGAUAGCGAGCAGUACUGCACACAUCGCAGUCGCGUUUCGUUUUUGGAACAGAUAUAGGGCCCCCACAAGUCGCAUUUCGCAUUGUGCUGGAGUGUGUGAUAAGUACAGUAGUGCUCCCGUUUUGUUUCACCCCGCAAGGUGGCCGUCCAGUAGCAGUUGCAAUAAUACGCCUACGACAGACACCUCCCCCAAGCUGCUGUGCGCGCUACAGUGGAAAAACAAAAACGCAUCGAAAUGUCCCUCUAAUCGUAGACAAUUCAAACCGAGUCAAACCAAAAAGGGUACCGUGUGUGUGAUGGUGAAAACAACAGUGUUGGUGUAAGGAAAAACGGGGCCAACCACUAGGACUAGGAGCUCCCACCCUGGAGAAGGAGUGUGUGCUGUUUUGAACACGUCGAGGGGCACGACGAGAAAAAGCUGCAAAAGAUCACAAAUAAAAUUGCGCACGUGAACACACAACUCGUAGUAAGCGCAGCGGAAGUGAUAAAAGUGCGAUAGAGCGAACGAGCAUAACAUCCAGCGCAAAACCACCGAGCGACCAGCAGCAACAUCGCCACUUACCCAAAUGGAAUGAAUGUGUGCAUGGGAGGAUAAGAAAACGAAAUAGCAGCAUAACCGUUUAGCACGAUACACCUAAAUAUUUUCGUUACGUUGUCGUAAAUAACGCAGACAGUAUUAGGAACAGCUGUAACCUGUGCGGGACACAGCGCUCUGUUACCACAUUUCAUACAAAAGCAAGCAACACACACACACCGGCAAAAAUAGGCAAACACACCCCUCUUUGCUGAGCUGAAAAUUUGGCCGGUGUUUGGUUUUGGAUUCCCUUGGCGCACCACAUCUGCUGACACGGAUACUUGCACCAGUCCCGAAACACCUCAAAAAGCAGAGCGGAAGCAAACAACGAACAGUGCGGAAGGAUGAAAAAGUUCAUAUCAAAGUUUGAAACGAAAAAUGAGCCGACGUCCACCGUGGGCGGUAGCAGCCGGGAGACGAACAGUUUCGUCGGCAAAACGUUUAAGCUAAGCAAGGAGAACGUAGUAACCGUCGAGGAGGUACUGGCCGAGGGAGGGUUUGCCGUCGUUUUUCUAGUCAAAGGAGCCAAAGGCGAGCGGUACGCACUGAAGCGGCUGUACGUGAACAAUGAGUACGAUCUGGGUGUGUGCAAUCGCGAGAUCAAGAUAGCGAGCAAUCUGAGCGGGCAUAAGAAUAUCAUCGGCUACAUUGAUCACAGCAUCAAUGCGAAGGGCAACGGUGUGCACGAGAUACUGCUGCUGAUGCCGUACUGCAAAACGAAUCUGCUCACGCUCAUGAAUGCACGGCUCGGUACGGGCUUCAGUGAACCGGAGGUGCUGACAAUAUUCUGCGACGUUGCGGAAGCGGUCGCCCGGCUACACCAAUGCCAGACGCCCAUCAUCCAUCGGGAUUUGAAGAUCGAAAACAUCCUGCAGAACGACCAGGGGCACUUUGUGCUGUGUGAUUUCGGCUCUGCGACGGCCCGGGUGCUCAAUCCGAACAGUCACGGGCGUACGAUGGUGGAGGAAGAGAUCCAGAAGUACACCACACUCUCCUACCGCGCGCCGGAAAUGAUUGAUCUGUUCAAUGGGCAGGACAUUACGGUAAAGGCGGACAUAUGGGCGCUGGGUUGCUUGCUGUACAAGGUGUGCUUUUUUACGCUCCCGUUCGGUGAAAGUGCGCUGGCAAUACAGAGCGGGCAGUUUAGCAUCCCGGACAGUUCGAAGUAUUCGCGCAGCGUUCAUCAACUCAUCCGCUACCUGCUUGAGCCGGAUGUGGAAAAGCGACCAAACAUUUACCAGGUUUGCGAGAUCGCGUUCGGUAUUGUGGGUCGUCCGAAUCCCGUGCGCAACUUAACGAAAUGCAGCGUACCACCGUUAGAAAGCUUAACGGUACCACCGUUCGAAUCGGAAACGAAACGGCUACCGCCAAUUGGCGGUGGCUCAGGCGGGCUGGCUGGAUCUACGCCGAAACCGUCGAGCAACAAACCGUCGGGCCAGCUUCCACUGGAGGGAGGUACGAGUGUUGCACCCCGGCAGCGUCCAAAAGCUUCGCAGGCGGCCACACCGAACGUGGGGGUGAACAGUUUCGCCCUCGGGUUACCACCGAAUCCGUCGCCGAAAAACAUCCUUUCAUCGCCAACGCCCGGUAUGGUGCCGGCGCCGACGGUUGCCGCCGCAUCGAGCUCCUCGGACACGCCCGCGGAAGCGUUUGUUGCCAAAUUUGCGGCCAAUUUUCCACCCGCCGCAUCGACUACAACGAUCGAACCGGCAGCAGCGGCAGCAGCAGGAAUGGCAACGACGGAUGGAGUGACAGCAUUGCCCUCAUCACAGCCCGUCGCUGUAGCCGCACUGUUUCAGACAACGUAUCCCGAUCCGUUCCGGGAGGCGGAGCUGGCACCCAUUCCCGGUGGUGAAGUCCCGGUGCCCGGUGCAUCGGGCCACAACUCUUCGUCCUCUUCGCUGUCGAUGAUAAACUCACCAAGCCACGCGGCAAAUCAACCGGUUGCUCCCGGUCCGUCCAGCAAUGCGGCCCAAACACCCACCCUCGGUGGGUCAAACUCCUCAUCCUCGAGCAUCCUAGCACCACCAAAACCGUCCGGCCACCGACGGAACGUGAGCGAUACGUCCGCCUUCAACAAAGCGUUCGCUUCGGAAACUUCCCAAUUUCUGGCCCCGUUCGAUCAGGCGACCAACAACUACCAACCUGCGUCGUCUACCAGUCCGCCCGGGACCGGUUCCAACAGCUCGCUCCACAAACACCAAUCCGUACCGGCGGCCAGUCUUGCGUCCAGCUCCAAUCCACAGCUGUACCAGCAGCAGCAACGGUCCACGUCGUCGGCCGGCACGGCCAGCAGCUCCAACUGGAACCCGUUCGGGGAUCCAACCCCUUUCGCACAGAUGACAGAGGAUCACAUUUUCGGCGAAGAGUUUGACAAAAUUCGCGAGCAGGGCAGUCAGGGCAGUUUAAAAACACCGCCGGAAGUGCCGCGCCACUCGUCCCUACCGCUGAUCCAGACGAGGGCCACAAAUAGCGCCCCGGUGCCGGCAUCCGUUCCUCAGCAGGCGGCACCAUUCUCCCCGGAAAACAUCCCCGACACGUUGCUCGGUGAGGAUGACGAUGACGAUCCAUUCAGUUCCGCACCGUUCUCGAUGCCAGUGCGCACCGACAGGAGCAAAUCGUUUAAGCUGUCCUCGCGCAAAGUGUUCGUCAUCGAUGGUGGGUUCAGCACACAGCUUUCCGAGCAUGUCGGUGCCAAGCUGGAUAAGGAUCCGCUGUGGACGUCACGCUUCAAUGCGACCAACCCGGGUGCCGUGCUGGAAACGCACCUGGACUAUCUGAAGGCGGGCGCCGACUGCAUACUGACCAACACGUACCAAGCGUCCAUCGAGGGCUACAUGGAUUUUCUCGAUCUCAAUGAGGAUGAGUCGGUGCAGCUGAUCAAAGCAAGCGUGGAGCUUGCGAGACGUGCCCGAACCCGGUACCUAGCCGAGAAAAAGCUGGUCAGCAAAUCCCACAAAAUUCCCUGGGUGGUCGGUUCCAUCGGACCGUACGGUGCGCAUCUGCACGACGGGUCCGAGUACACGGGUGCGUACGCGGAUCAUGUCCCGGCGAAUCGGUUGCAGAAAUGGCACCGGCCACGGAUUAACGCGAUCUUGGAUGCCGGUGUGGAUGCGCUCGCGCUCGAAACGAUACCGUGCCGUAUGGAAGCGGAAGCACUGCUCGAUCUACUCACGGCCGAACAUCCGACGGUACGGUUCUGGAUUUCGUUCCAGUGUCGGGAUGGGACGGCACUCGCGCACGGCGAAUCAUUCGCCGAAACGGUGAUUGCGCUGUGGAACCGGGCAAAGCAGCUGGCCAACCCGAAUCUGCUAGCGCUCGGGGUGAAUUGCGUUAAUCCGCAGCACGUGUUACCGCUGGUACGGUCCGUGCAGGAGCAAAUGGCGGUGGGAUCGGUCUCGCCAGACGAUGCCGGCCGCAUACCGCUCAUCGUGUAUCCCAACUCCGGCGAACAGUGGGACGCGUCGGGCGGAUGUUGGCGUGGGGCGGAAAAUCUUACCCCACUGGAGACGUACAUACCGCAGUGGGUAGAAAUGGGCGUCAAAUUUGUCGGUGGCUGCUGCCGUACCAAUGCGCGGGACAUCAAACGGAUGAAGAAGACCGUUAUCGGGCUGUACGGGAGCCGGAGCAAUGACAACUAGAGGACACACGGGAGCCGUGUCCAUGGCCGUGUGUCAUUUCAACAUGGAUAUGCUGUGAUUUAGUUGGGAAGCGAAUUCAAGAGAACUCGCUCGGUUCUCGUAUCUUCUUUGAAGCAAUCGUUAUCAAUCAAUAUACCCUACAGUGUGUAUGACCACCCAUCAUUAGAGUAGCAAGAGCGAAAAAAAAAGCAAACUCACCCGAAAUAGGGGGCAAUCUGGCAGAGAUAAGCACAACACACACCGAACGACAAACGCCAACCCGGCGACGGCCGGGGAUUGAUGGUAGGAAACCAUGGAUACAACGACUUUUCGGCAUAACUCGGCUGGCGCUGGCAAAUAGAGCGAGAGACAGAGAGAUGCGGCGGUAUUACACAGUACGGAGUAAUCUUUAGAACCAAUAACCUCUUAUUCCUCUUACCACAUUUGGCUACGCGUCGUGUGUUUCACAAAUCUAGUCUUGCUUAGUUUUUCAAACGCCAAGUUCAAAAUGUCCUAAUCUUAACAACGCAAAGCAAUCCACGGGAUGGUGAAGUAACCAACGGUAACGGACGUAACGAUGUAUUUUUUGCUGCAUUUUUCUUUUCCCCCUCUAUUUUCUGCCCUUUCCCUGCGUACUAUCAUCAUCAUCAUCAGAACAAACCGAUGAUGAUCCACACGGGGCGAUUAUCAAAGAUAUUCCAUACUUGUUUAUCGCAGGCGAAACGGCGUAACGGAAGGUGUAUUAGCAAUAUUCAUAGUACGACGGUUAUUUCCCUCCCUUUUAACCAUUAUUAGUCCAAUUUUUUGUUGUUGCACGAGAUGCAUAUAGUAAGGAGAGUUUUCAUAUACAUUCUAUAAGGACACACACACACACCAAGAAAGAAGAAGAGUCGAGUCGAGGCAUAGCGCGAACAAAGACAAGUCGUUUGACCUUAUUUAAUUUUGUUUUGUGUAAUACACACAUUUGUAGGGUAAGGAAAAGCACGAGGAUGUUGUAAAGAACGAGCAAAAAACGAAGUGAAAAACAAAACCCCUUCAUUACUUAUGAGAUUUUUUGGUAAACUGGUUACGUAUGGAGUGCUUUCGGGGGGAGGGUCAAUGGUUUAAAUCCAGGAGGGUUUCGCGUAAACUGUAAGCUGAUAACACCUAUUUAGAAUCAUUGCUCUAGAUAUAUUUAUAUUUAUUCUUCUACGAUCACUGUGUAGCCCAGCAAUAAACCUCUCCGAUUCGAUUCGAAGUUCGAUUACAACCAUCGGACCAACUCAGCACUUCAGGGACCGAAUGUUGCCCGAAAAAGCUAUCGAAGCGCGCUGGCAGUGCUGCUUCGUCCAAAACGUUAUUGCUGUUUUAUUGUUGCAACAUGCGCAUUUAAGCAACGUUUAAGAAGGAUCGGGAGUGUGCGAAUACGUAAAGAAGCAUUACCAGCGUUACUAAAUUAAACGAAACGAUUGAAACCGCGAUUACGCGAGACCAGAGGAAGAUUAGGUUCAACCGUGAACCGUUCAUCUCUUUAACAAUGCGCGUAAGAAAUGUAAAACUCGCUACUUACACUACUUGAACCGACUACUGGCGGCAGGUAUCGUUUUUGCUUCGGUUAACAAACACAGAUAAACGAACCAAAUAUAUUAUGAAUGCAAUGCAAAUGCUUCAACC